AUGACGUCAUUUCCUCAAGAGUCUGCCGGCGAAACUGUUUUCGUGUACACGAUGGAGUUUUUGUACAGCCUCCCGUUUUAUGUACUCGAAGUUCCAAAUUUGAAAUUAAAGAAGCCGACAUGGUUCCACCAACCAUCGCCAAUGGUCGUAUACUCGCUGGUGCUCUUCUCAUACUUCCUAGUUUGCGGAGGUAUAAUAUACGACGUUAUUGUCGAGCCUCCAAGCAUCGGAUCUACAGUGGAUGAACACGGUCACAGCAAACCUGUGGCUUUUAUGCCGUAUCGAGUGAAUGGCCAGUACAUCAUGGAGGGUCUGGCAUCAAGCUUCCUCUUCACCAUUGGUGGUCUUGGUUUCGUUAUCCUUGACCGAACCCACAACCCUAGCACACCAAGGUUGAACCGCAUUCUUUUGAUCAGUACUGGCUUCAUCUGCAUCCUGGUGUCCUUCUUCACUUGCUACGUCUUUAUGCGCAUCAAGCUUCCUGGAUACUUACAUGCUUGAAUCUGCUCGGCUGCCUGUCCAAUGCACCCCAAAUCAUUGGAAGCAUCAGGAGAUUUUCUGUACUUCCAGGGCAAUCAUAUUGCUGGUUGAAUCCACACCAUCAGUGUUAUCACUUUGUAAUAAAUUUUUGUGAAAAAAAAAA